AUGUACAGACGAUACGCGAAAAGGAAGGAGUGUUAAAGCAUUCAAGGUUAGGUGAUACUGUAUCACGGAUUCGAGUACAUAUUUUUUAUAUCCUACCUACGAGACGGUUUUGCCUUUACUUGGCGUUCUUCGAAAAGGACUUGAGACGUUGAACUUUCUCGAUUUCGACUGGUGCGAUCGACCUUUUAUUAGGCCAGCUGUUGAACGAACCAACAAUGAGGUCGUUUGCUUUUCUCGCAAUCUCAAUACUGGUUGCCAUGGCAUCAGGCCAGGCUCCCUCGGACUAUCAGGAGCCAUUCCAGAACCCGGGAGAGAUAAUUUCUGGUUUGACCAUCAAAUUCAUGAUCAACGCUGCUGGUGGUAUCUGGCAGCAGGAUCGUAUCAUUGAUUCGUUGGCCUAUGUAUGCAGAGGUGUCCUACCGGUAAUCGGUUCGGCGGUACCGGAAGUGGACCAGUCAAGUCUGUAUUGGGGUUUCGUCUGUGAUAAAGUCAUCGAAGCUUCUGAAGAUCUGGAUGCCUUUGACGCAACGGGAUUCUGUAAUGACAUAAUUACUGAGGUCAAUAGCCUUAUAUCUCAAGACAGUGGCGGAAGAUAUCGCAGACAAUGGGAACCAACUACGGAAUACCCUGACUACAUGGAAGAUCCCCUGGGUAUCCUUGGAAUCCUGACCAACAUCACCAGAGACCUCUAUGGAAUCGACAUCAACAUGAUCAUCAAUGACCUAUCUACAAUCAACACCAUCUGCACCAACGUCAAGGAGAAUUUCCUGAGGCCAUCUCUUCAAGAUCUCAUCUCUCAGUUCGGGGCUGAACUGAUGAGUGCCUAUCUACCCCAGGCAGCUCCGAUAUGUCAAGACUGGCAAGGCUUCCUUGCAGGUGCAGGCAUCGAUUCCACGUCGCCUUACUACAACAUUAUCCAAGAUGGCGCUGGUAUCGGAUCUCACGCGGUCGGAUAUGACGACAGAGAGGAUCUUUGUCAACAUCUUGAGCAAGCACUAUCGGUGCAAGGAGAUAACAACGCCGCAAGGAGAACGUUCUCCAUGGACAUCAUCUCCGAAAUCUUCGCUUCCAUGGAGGAGGCUGACAGAUGUACUCCAUUGGCUAAUGACGUCAUUCGCCAGGUCAUCCAGCCCCUCAUACGUAUGGACUUACCCGCCUAUGUGCUUUCGAACGAAGAGAUUCUUGCUUAUACCGGCAUUGAUGGUGGAGUGGCAGCUGUUUGUACAGCAAUGGAGAACGCUGUCACGUAUGAAAUAGACCUCCCAGACCCUGUUCCGGUUCAGAUCAUCUAUGGGACCACACUGACCGUUGAGUUCUUCUUGAAUGCUGUUGGUGGCAUCUGGCAACAAGACCGACUCAUCGACUCCCUGGCCUUUGUAUGUACAGACGUCUUACCUGAGCUCGAAUCGAUGGUACCCGACUUUAAGUCUCUCGUUAAAGAUUCCUGGGAUUAUAAGCCAGUCUGCGGGAGGAUCCGCGAUGCAGCUAGUAACUUGGAGGCAUUUGACGCGACGGAAUUCUGUAAAGACGUAACCAAGAUAGUCGACGACUUGAUCUACGGCCCGGGAACUGGUGAAAGGGUUCGCAGGCAGGCAGACCCAUACAUGGAUAUCCUAGACAUCAUUGCGAAUAUCACCAAAGAACUCUACAACAUUGACAUCAAUGACCUGUCGACCAUCUGUCCAAACAUCGCCCAGUUCCUGGACAGGUCCAUUCCUGAUAUCAUAUCGGAAUUCGGUGCUAAGCUGAUGGUUGUCUAUCUACCCAAUAUAGAUGGUAUGCUCUGUCAAAACUGGGACCAGACAAUUAGGUCGUUGGGGAUAGAUUCUACUUCGGCGUUGGGCGACGUUGUCCAGAAUGCUGCUCGUAUUGCAUCCCAGGCUGCAGGAUAUGAAAGCAGACAGGCUCUCUGCCAAGAAAUCACCAGAGUACUAGCCAUAACAGGAGAUGAUAACGAAGAGCGUCAGACUUUUGCCAAGAAUAUCAUCGAGAGCAGUUUUGAGAUUUAUACAAACAACGACAGGUGUUCAAUGUACUUCAAUGACGCCAUCGAUGACAUCAUCGAACCAAUCUUUGAGAUUCAAAACCUUCAGAUUAAAAUCAGCGAUUAUACCAUUUAUCGUUACACCGGGUACAUGGGCGUAGAAGAGGUCUGCGAGGCACUGGAGACAGAUUUCACGAAGCUUUCUACUAGCACUGUAACGAUGACUCUGACAGGCGAGAGACUAAACGGAGAGCUUCUUGUGUUCACUGAUGAUCUGAAGAACCAGGCGUCUCCUCGCUUCAAGAAGCUUGAAACGCUGUACUGUGGAGUGAUAGGGAAUCAUCUUAGGCGGGAGUUAGGAUCGGACCUUCGAGGUAUGGACUGUGUAGCCACGUCUUUCAGCCCUGGCAGCAUUAUCGCUGAGUUGGAGAUUGAGAUUCAUGCCUACACUCAGGAUGAUGCUGAUUCUCUCGCUGAGGAUGCGGUAGACCUGUCUACCAGCGGCACUCUCAUCCUCUCCUCCGAUGGAGAAACCUUGACAGUGUCCUCACUUCAAGGAUCAGGAUCAGCCGGCCAAGGGGGUGGUGGCUUGGCUACGGGAGCCAUCAUAGGCAUUGUCAUUGCGGUCGUCGUGGUCUUGGUGGUCGUCCUCAUCAUCAUCGCCGUCGUCGUGCACUCCAAGGGAAAAGGCACAAGGGAUACUGAGCGCGGAGUAGGAAUGCAGAACCCAGGAUUCUCUAAAGAUGAGCACCAAUAUAAGAAAUAACUGUCUCGGAUUGAUCUUGGCUGCAGCACAACAAUCCAGACAGAAAUUCAUGGAUGGAUCGUAAUAAGCAGAAUUGCACCCUCAAGGGCUUUCAUCAUUGAAUGUUAAUUUAAAGCUCUUCAUUUAUUUGGCUGAACAUAAUGGUACGUUCUGCAUAACGUAAAAUAUAUUACUCAGAUUACACCUUUAUUCAGUUUGCGUACGUAAAAUAUAUUACUCAGAUUACACCUUUAUUCAGUUUGCGUUUGAACUCAGAUAAUGCUUUUAUUUUAUUUGAGAGGCCUUUGAUAUGAACUGGAAUUAUAAUUCGCUGAAAUGAAAUGUACAUCAUUAACAAAAUUAUUGAUUUGCAUUUUUUUUAAAGUUAAUAAAAAAACAUAUAAACCCAGUUUCCAUGUUUAUUAAUGGUGUCGUGGUUUAGCGGAUACAUCACCGCUGACUGGACUGUGGAUCGCAUGGUCCGUGGUUUAUUCCCGCCUCGGCACUAAUGCUUUUUGCCACUCUCCAUCCUGGUGAAGUAAUGCUUUGGCGCCUGAUCAUGGCGGUUAGCUAGUGCAGGGGGUAUUAAUGUGAUGCUUUAUAUUAAGCACAGUGGAGUAUAUUCAUAUAGAAGCUACACUCUCUAAAUAGAAGUAAUUCUUAUCAUUACAUUUUUUUAAAGGAAAAACUGGAAUAUCGUUAUGGAAGUGGCUUAAAGUGCUCAACUGGAACUUAUAGAAACAAAUUCUUCCCUUGUUCCAUUAAUUUUAAGCUGUGUGAAAAUAUUAUUUUCUUGGUUAUGAUAAUGCGAGCUUCCAAGUACUUUCUGGAUAAUUUGUUGCUGUGUUUGUUGUUGUAAUAGAACAUUGAUAUUGAUUAAUAGAUCCAUUUGAUUUCUUCUUUGAUUUAUCGUUGGUACAUGGAUAUAAAUGUCUGUACAUUUGUAUUAUGUUUAUGUUGACUGUAAAAAUGCUAUGUGAUCUAUAUCAAAUAUAAAAAUAUAAAAAAGGAGAGGACAUUGAUGUUCAGCGUAGAUGUACAUCAGUGAGGUUUUUUCUUAUUAUACGUAGAAUAUGCAAUACACAGAUAUUAGUAUGGAGUAUAAUUCCAACUAUACAAUUUUCUACUUUUUUCCAAUGAAAAUGGUAGUAUAGAUAUCGCUUAGAGAUGAAUAAAUACCCUUCUUGUCUACGUAGCUGUUGGUCCAUUACGUGGUCUAAUCAGUGGCAACCAUUUUGCAAAUAUCUUUGUUUUGGGAUCAAUAGAAGGUACCUCUGGAAUGUAAUUGGAGUAACGUCUUCACCUUCAUUCCCUUUCUUUACCAUAAUUCUUUGCCAAAUCUAGAAAAUGAUUUUGGGGACUAACUUGAUGUUCUUUUGAAUAACUCCUUCAUUGAUAGUGCACGUUGUAUCUUACCAUUCCAAAUUAAUAAUACGAUGCCUCUGAGAAUUCAUUAGAGUAAUGUUGCUACACCUUUUCUAUGGCCAAUUUUAUCAGAGGACAUUAGGCCAAAUUUUGAAAAUUGACAGUUUUUGUAAAAACUCUGAUGACUGUUUAGUUUUUCGUAUUAUUGGGUAUUCUGAUGUACAUGAUUUUAAGGUUUUCAAAAAUAUAACAUGAUUAAACAAGUGGCUUGAA